UGGUGGGAGUGAAAGUCAAAUGUGAAUUUUUUCCUUACUGUUUGUUGAGGGCCUGGAGCACUAUAAGCUAUUCCUCAAAUAACCCGCUAACCCCCAAUGGAGUCAAUGUCAAAGGAGAAGAGAGAGAGAGAGAGAGAGGAAUAUAUAGUGAAAGAAAAUAGAUAGAUGAGAGUGGGGUAAUGGUAAUGAAUAGGGGUAUGUUUUUGGAUUCACAACUGAAGUAAAUGUGCAUUUGUUGUGGAGGGUCUGGCUUUAAUUGGCUUGCAGAAAGGCAGAGAGAGAGAGAGAUAGAUUGAGAAAAAAGUUAAGAGCCCACUGCUCUUUGAGGUGAUUCAACAAAAGAGGUAGAAGGGUUCCCUCUUUGAUUCACAAAGCUGUGACCUUGUGAGGGAUUUCUAUUUCUCAGCAGGAGUUGGAGUUCUUGUUGUGCUUCUGGAACUUUUCUUCACAAGUCCCGUACAGUUCUUGCUCUGUACUUAAGAUCUGGGGUUCUGUGUUCUUGGUGCUUUUUCUUCUUCCCUGCUUCCUCUUUCUGUUGGGGUUCUUGCUCACAUGUUGUUCAAAGUUUGAAUCUUUGAAGUGUGGGUCGUGAAUAUAUUGUUUGUUUUUCUCCAUUUUCUGUUCUUUGCGAUUGCUCAGCUGUAGCAACCGAACCCUUGAAUUCAGACUUGCCCAAAUCUGCAGCUAUAAAAUUUACCCCUUUACUUUUUUCAGUCAGGUCAUAUUCAUGUUCUCCUGUUGGGUUGUCAUCAUCUGAACAAUAUCUUGAAGAAAUGUCGAAUCUAGGGUUUCUUUGAUCUGGAGCAAUUGACUUUCCCUUUCUUUUAGUCACAGUGUUUUUUCAACUCAAAAUCUCGUUUUUGUGUUUGAAUGUUCGCCUAAAGCAAACGCCCGUUGUCCUUUCCCUCCUUAAGAUAGGGAUAUUUUUGGAUUUUUAAAGCAAAGUUUGAUUCUGGAGGAAGCUUUUUCUGGGGUUUGAUUCCUUCUGCUUUCGGGGAUUUAGGGUUUGAACUGAGCCACUUUUUUCCGGGGUUAGUUGGUAGAUGGGCUAAACCCAAAAAAACGAGCACCUUGCUUUCUUUUGCUUUCCCUGAUUGUAUCUUCUCUUUCUGAGAUUGAUUGUAUACACUUGCAAGAAAAAAGAAAAGGAAGCUUUAAUGCAUCUCUCUCUAUGGAAGCCAUUAUCUCACUGUGCUGCUCUGAUCUUGGAUAAAAAGAGCAGAAGAAGAGAUGGGUCCGACCAUUCGACAGAAGAUAUUAAGACGAACCCGUCAAUCCUGAGGAAAUUGCAAGAGCACAAGCUGAGGGAGGCUCUCGAAGAAGCAUCUGAAGAUGGUUUACUUGUUAAGUCCCAGGACAUGGAUUCUGAGUCAUUGGCCAAUCAAGAUGAAGGCUUGGGCAGAUCACGGUCCCUGGCACGGCUGAAUGCCCAGAAAGAAUUCCUCAGAGCCACUGCUCUUGCUGCUGAACGCACAUUCGAGUCAGGAGACUCAAUUCCACAGCUUAAUGAGGCUUUCUCCAAGUUUCUUACAAUGUACCCAAAGUACCAGUCAUCAGAGAGGAUUGAUGUGCUGAGAUUAGAUGAGUAUUCCCACCUCUCUGGACCUGCUUCAAAGGUAUGCCUUGACUACUGUGGAUUUGGGUUGUUUUCAUUGCUGCAAACUGUUCAUUAUUGGGAAUCAUCUACAUUUAGUUUGUCUGAAAUUACUGCCAAUUUGAGUAAUCAUGCGUUGUAUGGAGGAGCUGAGAAAGGCACAGUAGAACAUGAUAUAAAGACCAGAAUAAUGGAUUAUUUGAACAUCCCUGAGAAUGAAUAUGGCCUUGUUUUUACUGUGAGCCGUGGCUCGGCCUUUAAACUGCUUGCUGAAUCGUACCCUUUCCACACAAACAAGAGGUUGUUGACCAUGUUUGAUCAUGAAAGCCAAUCAGUGAACUGGAUGGCUCAGAGUGCUAGAGAGAAGGGUGCAAAGGUUCAAAGUGCAUGGUUUAAAUGGCCUACCCUGAAACUCUGUUCAACUGAUCUAAGGAAGCAAAUUUCUAGCAAGAAGAGGAGAAAGAAAGAUUCAGCAACUGGUCUCUUUGUGUUCCCUGUCCAGUCCAGAGUAACUGGUGCAAAGUACUCGUACCAGUGGAUGGCCCUGGCUCAACAGAACAAUUGGCAUGUCUUGCUUGAUGCUGGAGCAUUGGGACCAAAGGAUAUGGAUUCUCUUGGAUUGUCUUUAUUCCGACCAGAUUUCAUCAUCACGUCAUUUUACAGGGUGUUUGGCUAUGACCCAACUGGAUUUGGAUGCCUUCUAAUCAAGAAAUCUGUGAUGGCAAGCCUUCAAAACCAGUCUGGUCAUGCAGGUUCGGGCAUCGUGAAAAUUACACCUGUUUUUCCUCUGUACUUAAGUGAUUCAAUGGAUAAUUUUCCUGGGUUUGGUGAAGAUGAAGAAGCUAGUGGGAACGGUGAAGUUAAUUCUGAAACUCGCCCAGGAUCUCAAUUGCCUGCUUUUUCUGGUGCUUUCACUUCUGCUCAGGUAAGGGAUGUAUUUGAGACCGAGAUGGAGCAUGAUAACAGUUCUGACAGGGAUGGGACAAGCACCAUAUUUGAAGAAACUGAGAGUAUUUCCGUGGGAGAGGUGAUGAAAAGCCCAGUUUUCAGUGAAGACGAAUCAUCCGAUAACUCACUGUGGAUUGAUUUGGGCCAGAGUCCAUUUGGGUCUGAUAAUGCUGGUCAUUCAAGCAAACACAAGGUCUCCUCUCCACUGCCACCUGCUUGGUUUUCUGGCCGGAAGAGUAAUAAGCUGACUUCUCCAAAAGCCCCGAAGUUACCAACGAGCCCGAUGUAUGACAAGGAAUUGAACCAAGGGCGUCGUGAUGACCGCCACGUGCUUUCAUUUGAUGCGGCAGUUAGAUCAGUGUCUCAAGAAUUAGACCAUUUCAAAGAGAUUCCUGAAGAAGAACAGUUUACAGAGAGACACCCUGCUUCAAGAGAAUGUUCGACUCCAGAUAAUCAACGUUUCCAGGAAAUUGAAGAAGAACCUGAAAUCAGCAAUUCGAUUAGGGCUGUGAAGGGGUCCAGUCUCAACCAUUCAACUUCCAUCUCCGAUCAUCAAAAUAUUCAGAAUGGCUCUGCUUCUGAGAUAUGCCUUGAAAAGGAGAGUGCAAUAAGAAGAGAGACAGAAGGUGAAUUUAGGUUGCUGGAAAGGCGAGAAAGAAGCAGAAUUGCUGGCGGCAGAUUUUUUGGAAUAGAAGAGACUGAGCAGCCUGGAAGCAGGGGCAGAAGGGUAUCUUUUAGCACAGAAGACAGCCACAGACCUCAUCUUAAUCAAUCUCUGGAUCCAGGGGAAUUAUCCGCCACUAGUCUAGAUGAUGAAGACUACAUGAGCAAUGGGGAAUGUGGGGAUGGGCAAGAUUCAGAGAGGGGUGAACCUGAGAUACUCUGCAGGCAUCUUGAUCACAUAAACAUGUUGGGUCUAAACAAGACCACCUCCCGACUUCGGUUCUUGAUUAACUGGCUUGUUACUUCUUUGCUGCAAUUACGAUUACCUGGUUCAAGUGGAAAGGACGGUGCACCACUUGUUCACAUCUAUGGCCCUAAAAUAAAAUAUGAAAGAGGCGCUGCGGUUGCCUUUAAUGUGAGGGAUAGAAACAGGGGUCUGAUUAGUCCAGAAGUAGUUCAAAAACUGGCUGAGUCUCAUGGUAUUUCUUUGGGUGUUGGAAUCCUCAGUCACAUACGGAUCCUAGAUAACCCCAAGCAGCAGCGGAAAUCUUCAAGUCUCAGUGACACUACCCUUUGCAAGCCAAUGGAAAAUGGCAGACACGAUGGUAAAAAUGGAUUCAUCAGAGUUGAGGUUGUCACUGCUUCGCUCGGCUUUUUGACUAAUUUUGAUGACGUCUACAAGUUGUGGGCAUUUGUGGCCAAGUUUCUUGACCCAGCAUUUGUGAAAGAGGGCGUCCUUCCACCUGUUGCAGAGGAGGUUGAAGAAUGAGGUGGGGAGUUGCUGCUAAUACUUUUGUGCUGUUCCCUAUCUAUACAAGCAGAAGAUGCAGAAUCAUAAUGCUUAAAAAUACCCGAAUUCUGGGGCAAACUGAAAGUGUCAAGUGCAGGACUGAACAUGAAAUUUUUUUGGCAGGAUUCUUUUUGCCCCUCCUGCAUCUUUGCUGUAAUCAUGUUGAUUUGUUCAUUCUUGUUUUUGAUUGCUGGAUUCUAUCCUUUGCUUUCGGGGAAGGGGGGGGGGGGGUCAAUGUAGAGUUGGUUUAGAAACUUGUAUCAUUUCAGAUAGUAUUGAUGGGGACUGAAGCAGAGAUUGAAAUGAGCAUAACAUUCCCUGUCCACAUUCACCAAAGUGCGUUUCUGUAUAAAUAUCAUCCUAUUUGCUUGCUUCAA